CCCCCGGCCGUCUUCGGGCCCCUCGGUUCCCUACGGCCGUCAGUCCGGGCGGGGGAGGGAGAAAGUGAGACUCGGUGUCAUCACCAUCCAUUGUCAGAACGGGAGGAAAUUGGAAUCCAGCAGCGGCGAGCAGCAGCUGGGCGGUCACAUCUGGGAAUGCAAAGCCGACCUCCCCCUCCUCCUCCUCCUCCACCUCCUCCUCCUCUCUCACCCGGGAUCACUUCCGAAACCACUUCGCCUUCAGCCCCUGCCUCGGCCAGAGGGAUUUAUUUAAUGGGGAUGUGUUCAAGGCAAGAGAGAAUUCAGAAGGAUAUCGACGUCGUGAUCCAGAAGUCCAGAGCCGAGAAAGACUGCCUGUUUGCAGAUUUCAGAUACUCAGACUCCACCUUUACUUUCACCUACGUUGGCGGCCCCAAAAGUGUAUCCUACUCAGUACACGUUUCAGAAGACUAUCCAGACAAUACAUAUGUGUCAAGUUCAGAAAAUGAUGAGGAUGUACUAGUCACUACAGACCCGAUUCCAGUCAUUUUCCAUAGAAUAGCAACAGAGUUAAGAAAAACAAAUGAUAUUAACUGUUGUUUGUCCAUAAGAUCUAAAUUACAAAAGGAAAAUGGGGAGUUUGACCACAGGAAUUCUCUUCUUUGUCAUUUGAAGGAGUCAAGGCAGAAUAGUACGGUGGAAGAAGACUCAGAGGGUGACAACGACUCUGAAGAAUUUUAUUAUGGAGGACAGGUGAACUACGACGGGGAGCUCCACAAGCACCCUCAGCUAGAAGCUGACCUGUCUGCAGUGAGAGAGCUCUACGGACCACACGCAGUUUCUCUCAGGGAAUAUGGAGCUAUCGAUGAUGUGGAUAUCGAUCUGCACAUUGAUGUCAGCUUUCUGGAUGAGGAGAUUGCUGUGGCCUGGGAAGUGAUUCGCACAGAACCCAUCAUUGUUCGACUCCACUGUUCUCUUACACAGUAUUUAAAUGGCCCAGUGCCCACGGUUGAUGUCUUUCAGAUUUCGACAAAAGAGCGGUUUGGAUUGGGACAUCAGCUGAAAAAAAUCAUGCAGACAUUUGUUUCUCAGCAGUGGAAACAGAGCAAAGAAAAGUCCAAUUGCCCGCAUGGUAAGAAGCUGUCAGAGAAGAAGGUGAAGUCUCCUCUGCAUUUGUUUUCUACCCUGCGCAGGUCGCCCAGCUAUCCUCCCCCUGGUUGUGGCAAAAGCAAAUCCAAACUGAAACCCGAACAAGACGGCAUCUCCAAAACACACAAGCUGCUGCGUAGGACUUGCUCCAGUACUGUCAAAGCCGAUGAUAUGUGUGCCAAGUCGCACAGGACCUUCGGGCGCUCGCUGUCCAGCGACCCCAGGGCUGAGCAGGCGAUGCCCACCAUUAAAUCGCACAAACUUUUGGGCCGGCCCUGCCCCGCAGCCGGCAAGCAGGAGGACUGCCUGACACUGAAAUCGCAUAAGUUAUUGACUCGAUCCUGUUCUGGAGACCCACGAUGUGAGCACAACACCAACUUGAAGCCCCACAAACUGCUAAGCAGGUCUUACUCCAGUAAUCUCAGAAUGGAAGAGUUAUAUGGGCUGAAAAAUCACAAAUUGCUCAGCAAGUCUUACUCCAGCGCCCCCAAGUCAUCGAAAACGGAGCAUUUCAAGGAACCCAACGCAGAGGGCAGGAGGCUCUCGCUUACCUCAGGGCUUAUUGGUAUUUUAACACCAUCGUCCUCUUCUUCCCAGCCUCCUACAAAUGGUGCAAAAUGCAUUCCAAUCCGAGACCGUGGCUUCCUGGUGCAGACCAUUGAGUUUGCUGAACAGCGGAUCCCUGUGCUGAAUGAAUACUGUGUGGUGUGCGAUGAACCACACGUGUUUCAAAAUGGCCCCAUGCUUAGGCCCACAGUAUGUGAGCGAGAGCUGUGUGUAUUUGCUUUUCAAACCCUGGGAGUGAUGAAUGAAGCCGCUGAUGAGAUAGCUACCGGAGCUCAGGUGGUAGAUCUGCUUGUGUCCAUGUGUAGAUCUGCGUUGGAAUCUCCUAGAAAAGUCGUCAUUUUUGAGCCAUAUCCUUCUGUGGUAGAUCCUAAUGACCCUCAGAUGUUAGCCUUCAACCCCAGGAAGAAGAACUAUGAUCGAGUAAUGAAAGCUCUGGACAGCAUAACUUCCAUCAGAGAAAUGACACAGGCACCCUAUCUGGAAAUCAAGAAGCAGAUGGAUAAACAGGACCCCCUUGCUCAUCCACUUCUGCAAUGGGUCAUCUCAAGUAAUAGGUCACAUAUUGUGAAACUGCCAGUCAACAGGCAACUGAAGUUCAUGCACACUCCACACCAGUUCCUCCUUCUCAGCAGUCCACCAGCCAAAGAGUCCAACUUCAGAGCUGCCAAGAAGCUCUUUGGGAGCACCUUUGCGUUUCAUGGCUCUCACAUUGAAAACUGGCACUCUAUCCUGAGGAAUGGUCUGGUCGUUGCCUCUAACACGCGUCUACAGCUCCACGGUGCAAUGUACGGAAGUGGGAUCUAUCUUAGCCCGAUGUCAAGCAUAUCGUUUGGUUACUCAGGGAUGAACAAGAAGCAGAAGGUGUCAAGCAAGGACGAGCCAGCUUCCAGUAGUAAAAGCAGCAAUGCAUCACAGUCUCAGAAAAAAGGACAGCAAUCCCAGUUCCUGCAGAGCCGUAACUUGAAAUGCAUCGCCUUGUGUGAAGUGAUCACAUCACCUGACCUGCACAAACAUGGAGAGAUAUGGGUUGUCCCAAACACGGAUCAUGUCUGUACACGAUUCUUUUUUGUCUAUGAAGAUGGCCAGGUGGGAGAUGCCAAUAUCAACACACAAGAAGGAGGUAUUCACAAAGAGAUACUGCGAGUGAUUGGUAAUCAGACUGCAACUGGUUAACGGACCACCACAUAACAGGAUUUGAAAGCCUUCCUCGGGUUCAAAGCUGGAUUUUGAACUGAAGAAGAUGACAAAAUAAUUUAUUGUUAUUAUAAACAAAAUUAACCCUUUGAAUACUGAUUUUUUUCUUUUCUUAGUAUUUCUAAAUAUUUCAUUAAAUGCCUAAAAUGGUAUAAGAUUUACCAAUUGUAGGGUUAUGAAAUCUAGUAAAUAAACAUUAUACAGCACUUAAGCUGAAGUUUGGGUUGCAUACACAAUAAACAGAUUGAAAAAACA